AUAUCCUGCUCUGUCAACGGUUUUUCUGCACACAAAAAUCUUUGACAAACAGAGUGUUUGGAGAGUCAUCAGAGGCAAAGAGACACAGAGAGAAUUCUUGCUGUGGCAAAUGGAGGUCAAGGAGGAGGUUAUUUCGGUUGAGCUUCCAGCUCCUGCUGCUUGGAAAAAAAUGUACUUUCCCAAGAAAGGCACCCCACGGAAGAAUGAGGUAAUGUUCAUUGCGCCAACUGGAGAGGAGAUUAAUAAUCGGAAACAAUUGGAGCAGUACUUGAAGUCGCACCUUGGCAAUCCUUCAAUAUCAGAGUUUGAUUGGGGUACUGGUGAGACACCAAGGAGAUCGGCCAGGAUAAGUGAAAAGGUCAAGGCUACUCCUACUCCUGAAAAGGAGCCUCCAAAGAAGCGCGGCCGAAAGUCUGUGGGUUCAAAGAAGGAUUACAAAGAAGCAGAAGCCACUCCUGAAAAGGCAGAGGUUGAGAAAGAAAUCCAAAUGAAAGAUGCAGAUGCAACUAAGGAUGCAAACAGGAAUGAAGAUGCAAAAAUGGGAGAAACUGAUCCAGAGGCAUUUGACAAGGAAGCAGAAGCCUCUCCUGAAAAGGCAGAGGUUGAGAAAGAAAUCCAAAUGAAAGAUGCAGAUGCAACUAAGGAUGCAAACAGGAAUGAAGAUGCAAAAAUGGGAGAAACUGAUCCAGAGGCAUUCGACAAGGAAGUUAAUAUCAAAGAUGCUGUUGAGGAAACCAAUCCUGCGAUUGAGGGGAAAGAAACUUCCCUUGCUGAAGAACCCAAAAGUGCAAUUGAAAUUGAAGUGGCUGAUGCAAAAGUGGAGGACAAACCUACUGAAGGAGCUGGUGCUGCUGGAGUGACUGAAAAUGGAAAGGAAGCAGCUGUAGUCUCUGAAGAAAAGAUGUCACAAACUCAGACUGAGAAACAGAAAGUGAACAUGGCAUCUGAGAAGCCACAGGACAACGCUGAUGGAACAACCGUUGAAGCAAAUGGUGGUUCAGGGAAAGAGAACCCUAAAGGAGCAACCACUGAUUAUGAGAAACCCAGCAUUGAAGUGAACGAGAAGACAAAGCUAAUGGUUGGAGAGGCGAUAGAAAAUGGCAAAGUUGGCCAGAUGGGGCAAACUGAUACCCCAUUGCAGGCAGGUCCCUCCCCUGUGACUUGCUGAAUACACAGUUAUUCCCCUGUCACCAUCUUUUUAGUCAUUGUUUCCUUUUGGACUCCUUGGAUGACUGAAAACAUUAAGUUUAGAUUUUAAAGUAUGUUUUGUCUAGAUUUGUAGGCAUGUAGGGAAAGCAUGCUUCAACCCUGUUAGUGUAUGCUAUGGUGGUGCAACUUUCAUUAUAUUUUGCAGGCAACUCAGACUGUAGACUCAACUUAUUCGACUUUCAUGGUUACAGGGUUUAAGUUUUAUUA